AUGGGCAUUCCUAUCGGCUACUCCAGUCCCCAGACUCUGACAGACACCUCGACCCGAAUCAACCACGAUGCCUGCAAGGGUGACCUCACUGUCCUGCGUCCCACUCUUUUCGCGGGUGUCCCCACCGUCCUCGAUCGCAUCUCAAAGGCGGUGUGGGAGAAGGUGAAGGAGGGAGGACCUUUGAUGGAAGCGGUAGGUGGUGGUAGUGGCAUGUCAUUGUUUCCUCAUGCCUUUUUUCGCCUCCCCCUUGUGUUAACUCCUCUCCGCUACGGGUCUCGUCUGUUUUCAACUUCCUGCUUAUUACCUGUGCGCGUGCCUCCUAAAAGGGAAUAA